UGUGCCCUUCCCUGGAGGAUAGUGGCCAGCGCGCAGGAAGAAGCUGUUGGAUACAGGGCCUGUUCUCCGUCAAACCCGUCCAAGUUUUAAAAGGAGAUGCGCGUUGAAUGGUCUAUCAUGAUGGACUGCACAAGCCACCUUUACCUCUUUUUGGUCCUAUUGUUGCAAGGGCAUAUCGUCUCAUCAGUGCAGGAUAUCCACACGGACCAUGAAACCAUCUUGAAGAUCAACUCUGCAGGACAGAUGAUGGAGUGUUCGGCCCGUAUGGAUGUGCUGUUCCUCAUGGACGGGUCCUACAGCGUGGGCAAGGGCAGCUUCGAGAGGUGCAAGCACUACGCCAUCAAACUCAGCCAUGCCCUGGAUGUGGCAGCCGAGAAGGUUAGAGUAGGAGUGAUUCAGUUUGGCUCCACGGCCAGGCUGGAGAUUCCCCUUGAUGCCUACACCAGUAAAGAGGAACUGAAGAAACACAUGAAGAAAAUCACUUACAGAGGUGGCAGCACUCAGACAGGCUUGGCGCUGAAGUACGUCUUGAGAAAGGGUUUCCCCACCACCUCUGCUAACGACACGGUACAGGUACCUCGUAUCCUCAUCCUGCUGUCCGAUGGGCGCUCCCAGGGUGCAGUGCAGCUCGCCGCCGCCGAACUCAAGCAGGCCGGUGUCACCAUCUUCGCAGUGGGCCUGCGAUACCCCAGAUGGGAUGAGCUGCAUGAGUUGGCCAGUACGCCCACAGAGAGCCAUGUGUUUUUUGCGGAGCAUUUCUACGACGCAGUGAACGGCCUGCACACCACCCUGAGCACCACUGACGUCUGCACUGCUGUCCCCUCUGGUUGUUUUGUGGAGUCGUACGCGUGUGAGAGGAAAACUCUGGAGACGGUGAAGGAGCUGGUUGGGAACUUCAUGUGCUGGAAGGGUUCCAAAGCCUCCACCCCAUACACAGCACUCUGCCCCCACUACAAGUGGGGCAAGAAGUACAAGAUACACUCCACUGUCUGCCAUCGCACCAUAUGCCAGAAUCCAUGCGAUUCGCAGCCUUGCCAAAAUGGUGGCACGUGUGUGAAUGAGGGUCUGGAGAACUACCGCUGUGUGUGUCCCCCUGGCUACGGCAGUGACCCUCAUUGCGCCCCGGCCCUGAAUCUGGACUGCUCGGUGGAUGCCCUGUUCCUGGUAGAGGGCUCCUCAGCCCUGACCCUAGAGGGCUUCCUGCGCUUCAAGGCUUUCCUCAAACGCUUCUUCCAGGCCACCAUGGCCUCCAGCACCCCCACUAAGGUGGGCUUGGCCCAGUAUGGGGACAGCGUCCAGAUGGAGGCCCGAGUGGGUCAGCACCGGAACCUGGCGGGCCUGCUGGCCGCCGUGGAGGCCAUGAAACCCGUGGGAGGGAAGGUUCUGACGGGCCAGGCACUAAAGGAAAUCACCAUGAACGGCUUCCAGAGUACACCGGUAUUCGCUGACGUGUAUGAUGACCUGCCGCGCGUGGUGGUGGUACUGAGCGCCACGCCGUCCGACGACCAGGUGGUGGAGCCGGCCAAGUACGCACGCGACCGUGAGGUGUUCCUGAUCGCCGUGGGGCCCGAGGCACUGAAGGUGCAGAUGAACAACAUCACGGCGAACCCUCAGCGGACGCUCACCUACCCCUCGGCCGACAAGCUGCCAGGGAAGAUCCCCGAGCUCAGGACUAAGAUUUGUGCUGUCGAUAACCAAGGCUGCUUGGGUCAGGCCGUGGACCUGGUAUUUGUUCUGGACGCCUCUGAUGGUGUGGGUCAACAUAACUUUGUCCACCUCACCGAUUUCGUCCGCAGUACCUCGGUCCAGUUCGAUGUCAAUCGUGACGUGGCACAGGUGGGGCUGGUGGUGUACGGCAGGCAGCCGGUCACGGUGUUUGAGCUGGACACCCAUGACUCUGGCUCUGCCAUCCUGCGUGCGGUGGGCCAGGCCGAGUUCCAGGGAGGGGCGGCGUCCACGGGCUCUGCACUGCUGCACGUGCUCGCCAACAGCCUGACGGUGGGUCACGGUGCGCGUCCCGGUGUGAACAAAGCCGUGGUGGUGCUGACGGACGGCUCGGGGGCGGAGGACGCGGCCGUGCCCGCCCGCAAGCUCCGCGACAACGGGGUGGCUGUGUUCGCCGUGGGCAUCGGGGACGUUCAGGCCGACGCGCUGCUGAAGAUCACCGGACGGGUGGAGCACAUGGUGACAGUCCCCAUCUACGAGGACCUCAAGUACUUUGAGGACGUUCUGGUGCAGAUGGUGUGCGCAGAGGUGAAGAAGCCAGUGGAGUUGUGUAGGCCUAGCCCCUGCAUGAAUGACGGCGUCUGCACCAUCUUCAACAAAAGCUUCCGCUGCGAAUGCCGCACGGGCUGGGAGGGACCGCACUGUGAGAACCGCAGCAAGGCGAGGGCGGUGAACAGAGGAGACCAGCCCAAGCCAGCAGGCAUGAGGCGCAAGGAGAAGAAGAAGAAAGAUCAGAAGGAGCUGAAGCAGCGCUACAGAGAGCUACGCAGGAGACACGCGCACAAACACAAGCGACACACAGGGAAGCGGCACUAA